AUAUACGCAUUCUUCAAUCUUCACUUUUCUUUGUUUUUAACUUCUUCAUGUGUUUUCCUUUCAGCAGUUAGUACAAAGUUAGAGCUCCUAAUUAGCUACUGUGUUUGAAUAAAAUCAUAGGUUUUCUCUUGAAGAUUUUUUUUUUUUUUAAAAGGUAGCAAAAGUGGAUCAAAUUAGAAAUGGCAAGAGGCCCUUUUCAUCCAAUGAAUCGAAGGAGAAAAAAGAUGAGAUAUUUCCUAAUAUGUACUCAGCAGCUCGAUCUCAGCAAGAUAUGUCUACUAUGGUUUCUGUCCUCUCUCAAGUUAUUGGCAACACUUCUUCUACUAUUACUACUGCUGCUGGAAAUACCCUAAAUCAUCUCUCUGUGCAAAACCAACCUCAGCCCAAUCAACAACAAGGGAAUAUUGAAAGAAGAAGACAUUAUAGAGGAGUGAGGCAAAGACCAUGGGGAAAAUACGCAGCCGAAAUCCGUGACCCAAAAAAAGCUGCUCGAGUUUGGCUUGGCACUUUUGAAACUGCUGAAGCUGCUGCUAUUGCUUAUGAUGAAGCUGCACUUAAAUUUAAAGGAAAUAAAGCUAAGCUUAAUUUCCCUGAAAGGGUUUUAGCUAAAACUGAAUUUGGUUACCUUACUACUGCUACUACUACUCAAGAGCAAUUAAUUAAUAUUUCAGCUGCUAAUUUUCUCCCAAAUUAUAAUUUCAAGCCUUUCUCUCAAUUACAACAUUACCCUCAGCUGCUUCUCACUGGCAAUAAUAAUGCUGAUUCAUCAAGAUUUAAUCACACAUCAGGAUUCGGUCCUGACACACUGAAUACUGCUGAACCAGCAAACUCAUGGUUAAAUCCGCCACUGUCAAGUACUUCCAUUUCAGAAUCAUCGUCGAUGACAUCUUUGGUACAACAAGCACCAAGUAAUUACCAGCAAGUCGAUGAAAAUAUUUCAUCUCAAUUUUGGAAUUCUUCGAGCUCAAGACCUAGUGAAAGUAGUAAUAAUUGGGAGGAAUCUUACUAUCCAAAGUAAUUCUUUCAACAACAUGAAGGUUUCUUGGGGAUCGGAUGCCUUUUACUAUCGGCGUAAGUUUUUUCAUACUUAGUUCCAAGUUUUUGGUUUUGAAAGUGGAUUUUAAAGGUAUAAAAUAAUUGGUAGUUAUGUACUUAUGAAAAUAAAUUUCACGUGGUUUAAUGCUCUUAACUCUUCAUUCCCCCUUCUCAUCCCUAAAUUCAAAAUUAUAGAUAACAAUAAUAUGAAAUAUUAUCAACGAAGGACGUAUUUAGUAUGCAUCAACAUUUAACGGGUAAGUUAUUUCUUUCUACAGUCAGUGUAAAACAGUUCAAAGGUCAAAAAGUCACAAUUUGACUAAAGUGUGUACCACUUACAACUUAUUUGGAUGGUUGUUACCUGUAUUGUAUCGUAUCGUAUUGUAUCGUAUUGUUAUUUUA